UUCAAGCACAGAGAGAUAUCACUCUGUUACCUUGUUACUCUCAUUUGCUCGUAGCUCUUUGAGUGUGUCUGACUCUGCUCAGCCCUCAAUGGAUUCCAAAUGUAGUUUUUUGGUUGUUCUUCUCUUGUUACUUCUCCACCCGGUUGUUCUCUCUGGACCUUCUAAUGGGAUUAUCAGAGUUGGGUUGAAAAAGAACAAAUUUGAUCAAAGCAACAUGCUCACAAGACAUAUUGGUUCUGAGGAAGGGGCAACAUUGGGAGAUUCCAUGCUUCUUGGUGGCUCUGAAAUUUCUGAUGACACAAGUAUUAUUCGGUUGAAAAACUAUAUGGAUGCUCAGUAUGUUGGUGAGAUUGGUAUUGGGACUCCUUCUCAGAAAUUUACUGUCAUAUUUGACACUGGAAGUUCCAAUCUUUGGGUGCCUUCCUCUAAGUGUUAUUUUUCAGUUGCUUGUUAUUUGCACUCGAGAUACAAGUCAAGCGAGUCUAGCACUUACAAUGAAAAUGGGACAUCAGCUGAAAUCCAUUAUGGAACUGGGCAAAUUUCAGGUUUCUUUAGCCAGGACCAUGUCAAGCUUGGAGAUUUGAUUGUUUCUAACCAGGAUUUUAUUGAGGCAACCAGAGAACCUAGCAUCACAUUUUUGGCAGCCAAAUUUGAUGGCAUUCUGGGGUUAGGAUUUCAAGAGAUAUCUGUUCGAAAUGCUGCUCCUAUCUGGUAUAAUAUGCUCAAUCAACAUCUUCUACCACAACCAGUAUUUUCAUUCUGGUUGAACCGCAAUGAUACUGAUGGGGAAGAAGGUGGUGAGAUUGUAUUUGGUGGAGUUGAUUCAGAUCAUUACAAGGGUGAGCACACAUAUGUUCCAGUUACCCAGAAAGGCUAUUGGCAGUUUGAUACGGGAGAUGUCCUACUUGAUGGCCAAACAACUGGAUUUUGUGCUGCUGGUUGCUCGGCAAUUGCUGAUUCUGGAACCUCUUUGUUAGCUGGCCCAACGGCUGUGAUUGCCCAAAUCAAUCAUGCAAUUGGAGCGGAUGGUAUUGUGAGCCAAGAAUGCAAGGCAGUGGUCGCUCAAUAUGGAAAAACCAUAUUGGAUAAGCUGAUAAAUGAGGCUUUGCCUCAACAGAUCUGCUCUCAAAUUGGUUUAUGUACUUUUGAUGGGACUCAAGGUGUAAGUAUGGGCAUUCAGAGUGUGGUUGAUAAAAACAUAGAGAAGAAAUCUGAUAGUUUGAAUGAUGCUGGAUGCACUGCUUGUGAGAUGGCUGUGGUAUGGAUAAAAAAUCAGCUACGAUUAAAUGAGACAGAAGAUCAGAUCUUAGAAUAUGCCAACGCGCUCUGUGACCGGCUUCCUAGUCCAAAUGGAGAAUCAGUAGUUGAUUGCAAAACUCUGUCUGAGAUGCCUAAUGUUUCAUUCACCAUUGGGGACAAAGUGUUUGAACUUUCCCCAGAGCAGUAUAUUCUUAAAGUGGGAGAAGGAGCCAUAGCACAAUGUAUUAGUGGAUUUAUGGCUCUAGACAUUGCUCCUCCUCGUGGACCUAUAUGGAUUCUGGGGGAUAUUUUCAUGGGUCGCUAUCACACAGUGUUCGAUUAUGGCAAUAUGAGAGUUGGUUUUGCUGAAUCAGCAUAAAUAUGUUAUAUGUAUUGUAAUAUAAUUGCAUGGCUGGGAAGGGACUACUGCUGAUCAAUUUCCCCAGACUAUGAUAAAUAGCUAAAUGGGAGUAAUGUACUAUUUUACAAACUCUAGUCUCUUGUCCAAUACAUAGUGCCUCAACAAAGACACUAUAGCAAACUCUAAACUUUUGAUAAGGGCACAAGUGUUUGUAAAUACACUUAGCUAGUUAGCAAACACUAUUGUCAUAUUAUUAUGUAAUAAAGACCUUAAAAUAUAGAAACUAGUUCUAUUUGUACAAUUCCGUAAA